CCCAGGUCUCCUCCAUAUCUUCUCCGUUCUCCUUUGCACAGGAAAAUCCUAUUUCGUCUUCCCCUAUUCUCUCUCUCUUCGAUAUCAAAGAGGAUUUUCUUCUGCUUGUAUGGAUUCCAGGUGCAGAUCUUCUUAUUCGUCGAUCUUCACCCUCCAGCCAGCCGUUCAACUGAUUCUCAUCUGCCAGCCAUCCGAUCUCUUGUUCUCGACCCGUUCAACGCCCUGGUUUCGGGAGCUUCGCGUUAGGGUUUCCAAAUAACCCCAAAAAAAAAAAUUCCCAUUAAACGGUAGUACUCAGUUCUAUUACAUCUUCCGUUGAUUUGAGAUUAUUUUAAGUAGAAUUUGGAUUAUUAUUAUUUUUUUGAAUUUUUUAUAUGAUUCUUUGAUUUUAUUGUCAAGAUGUUGUUGGUGUAGGCCCUUUUGAUCAAAUGCUUAGAUCCACUUGAUGGACCUUUAUAUGUACCCUUUUAUAUAGUCCUUUUGAUAAUAAACCAAUAGCUAUCGAUGAGAUGAAAGUUUAGUAGCCAAGAACCAAAAUCACCAAAGAGGAGGGAGGAAUAAUUGACAUUGAAUACAAAAUAACUCCAUUAGAAGCAUACCUCCCCUCUUGAGCAGUGCACAUAACUCACAUACUGGAAAGUCCUGUUCAUAUGGGACUUCCAACAUCCUCCCUUAAAUUGUACAUUCCAAAACUAACAUCCAAAUUAUCUUCUUUGAUCUUGUGGGACCUUUGACUAUGAGCAAUUUUGAAAACUUGUCUGCCUCUUUGUCAUUAGACUUUGCAAAACACGAGCUCCACUUGAGUCAUAUCAAUUACUACACCUGCCAUUGCCCAUGUGAAUCAUACCCGAUGAUAUUGCCAUCCAUGUCAAAGUCACAGUUAUCUGGAAUUCAAACUUUACAUAAUUCAUCGUAGCCUUUGGUUUUGGAUAAUAAGUCUUAUCCUCGAUUCUUUUCUGUAUCUUUGGGCCCUAAUUUCUUCAUAUCCACAUUUGUGUUUUCACCUUCACCAAUGGAUCCUGAUGGAAUUUCUCCAACUCCACUUUCUUUAUACUUCAAGGCUUUUCUAUAUUGUUGGGCUCUAAUUACUUCAUAUCCACUUUCAUGUUUUUACCUUCACCAAUGGAUCCCGAUGGAAUUUCUCCAACUCCACUUCUCUAUACAAGGCAUGAUGUUUCAUCCAUGCAAUUACAUAAUACCCAAUUAAUAGUUUCUUUAGUCCAUGGAUGGUGCUUCCAGGUUAAGUCAAAUGCUUCCUUUUAAGCAUUCUCUCUCCCUUUUCUCUUCCUUAAAAUUAAAAUUGAUAAGAUAUCAUCUUUGAAAUUUUAGGAUCAUAGGGCUUAUCUUUUGUUUCUUCAAAAUCUUCUUCAAUCAACUUCCUUGAUUCUUUGGUAUUUCUGCUUUUCCAUCAUUAGAAAAUAAAAGAGAAUUCAGUAUCAGCAUCCUAAUCAAACUCUUUUGUGGACUCAAAAUCGUCAGUCAUAUUUCCUGUUUUUGUUUCUUCCUUUCACAUAAUAUUAUAAGUGCAACAAUAUCCUUCACUUUCAACCUCGUUCAGUUCGUUGAUAUCAUCUUCAUACUUGAGCUCAGUAACUUCAUUUUUGCAAAGUUCAUCUGAUUCAAACUCUCCUACCUAGUAGUCCAUAGGCACUUAAGAUCGAUCAAUCAAAUUCUCUACAUGUAUCCAAAGAUCUUGACACACUAUCUUUUUUCAAGGCCAUAAUUGCUUUCUCAGUAUUCUGUUUCUAAAUCAUCCUCAAUUGAUCAUUUCUUAACGUCUUGACCUUACUACCACCAAUAACCUGCCAAAUGCGACAACCCAUACUUUAUACAUAUACAUUUUUUUACAACAAGGGUGUCCCCGCCCCAUUUUUUAGGCAAGACUAUGCCUUGCAGAUGCACGCAAUCACCCGCAACCAUGUGCAUUGGGUAUUGCCGGGGAGGGGAAACUAUCUCAAAAUAAGUUAGUGUUAACUUUUCCAUCGCUACAAUGAUAAACAUGAUUAACACUUCUAAAGAGACUAUCUCAAAUAUCUCUUAUGUAGCACCAACUACUACCAAAUCUAAACUUUCAAGUUCCUGAUGUACUAAGCUACUAGUCUAAGAUGCAUAACAAGAGUAAUCACAAAAAAAAAAAAAAAAAGUCUCACUAAAUUUCCAUGUAUAUAUACAAAAAUUGCCAUGUACACGUGCCAAAUGAAUAAAUCAAUCACUAUCAAGAGAUGAAAGUUUGACAGAGGAGAACCAAAAUCACAGAAGAAAAGAGGAGGGAAUAAUUAAUGUUCAAUCCAAAACAACUCCAUGACAAAAGUAAUGUUGAAUGCAUACUUAUUAACAAGACUACUAAUACUGAAGCCAGAAAUAGCAUGACUCCUAAUAAUAGAUUUUUUUUAAAAGCAUAUCUACCCUCUAACCAUGCUGACUAGUUUACAUAACUCAUGGACUGAAAGUCCUAUUUACACAGCUUCAUUUAGCUAAAUAGCAGCAAUCUUCAGAUUUCUUUUUUACUGGAUUUCAUAGUUUUUCUUUAUCUUUAUCUUUUUUAAACAUUCAAAUUCAGGUUUGAAACUUGAACUGGUUUUAAAUUAUCAAAUCCUAUGAUCUCGAGCUUCAAUUUAAAUGGGGGGUUUCAGUUUGCAGGUUUUGAUGGAAAUUUGGUCAAAUUUAUCAAUUUCCCUUUUGCGAUGAGUUAAUUUUUUAUUGAUUUAUUUUUAUUUUUUUUCUAGAUUGGUUACAAGAAAUUUUUAUCUAUGCUUCCAAGCUUUUGUUUUAUUGAUAUUGUUGGAGAUUUUCUGUUUUUCUGUCAAGAUCUUGCUGGUUAUCUUCAUUUUGUGAGGCUGUGGAGUAUCCUCAGAUUGCAGUCUAGUUCCUUUCAAGUAGGGGGGGUUCAACAGGCUGGGCCUAUGAAAAUUUUGAGUUUGCUUUCCAUGGGCCAAGCCCAUUGGCAGACCUACUUUCUAGUCCAAUGUGAAUGUAACAAAAUUGCAAAUUGAAGCCGAGUCACUCAAUAUGAAUGCCAAGGAAACUACAAAUUAAUUACUCAUACUAAUUAUUGCAAUCCAACUCAAUAGUGCAUCCAAACUUGAGGCCAUAGUUCAUGAACCUAUUGACUUCAUGUUGCUCAUAAAGCAUGAACAGCGUCAUACCCAUUAUAGGGAGUGCGACAUUGCUAGCUAGGAUGAAUCUUAUUUUUUUUUAUUUCUUAUAGGGAGCCUUUCUCUUGUCAGAGUUUUUAUGCUGAUGAGAUGACUAAAUGUUGAAAUUCCAUGAACCAGGUUCUUUGAAGAGGAAAACACGGGGAUCCUGCAAUCCGAAGUAAAAGGUGAUCUUGAUACUCAGAGAAUACAAAGUAUUGUUUGCAUUCUUUCAUUGCUUGUGAACAAUGUCCAGCGGCCUAGUUUUCUUUCCAAGAUGAUAAAUCAUGGCCAGACGAUUACAUUCCAAAAUGUCACAAACAAGGGGUAGAUCUUCUGGUUGGGCUGCCUUUGAUCUCAAGCAGCAGCAGAAACAAGGUGUCAAACCUGAACAUGAUAUUGAUCCCUACCCACCCAUGCCAAACAUAACCUCUGCACACACUACAGGAAACUUGGUGAUGAACAAUUUCCCCCCCAAAAGGUCUUUCGCAUCAGUGGUUCAGCCUUCUGUAGCUUUUCCUGUACUCAUAAAUAACACCAGAAGUGGAAUUCAGGCCGCUACUUCUAGCAAGAAGCUCGAAAAUCAGGCUGCUGAAGGAUCCAGCAUCACCGCAAAUCUCGAAAAGCUGAAAAAACUACACAGUUGGGCUGAUGACAGUUUGAUUGAGGAUGUUUUGGCAGCUGUAAGUGAUGAUGGAGACCAGGCUUCUGCUAUCUUGAGAGCCAUGGUUCCAUCCGGCUCCGAAGAACUGAAGACCAACCUUCGAGGAAAGGGAUCUAUUCUCGAGGAUUAUCUCAUUGACCAUAACAUUGAACAGGGAGGUGAAGUUGUCUCGUUAGAAGACCAGCUGUCAAACAAUACACAAGUGGAACUGAUACCGGGGCACUUAUUCUCAGUCCCCAUUGAGACUGAAUGGCAAGAAGAUGAUGUGUACUUAAGCCACCGGAAAGAUGCAAUAAGGAUGAUGAGGUCGGCAUCUCAGCAUUCACGGGCUGCAAAUAAUGCCUUUCUGAGAGGUGACCGCUUCUCUGCACAGCAACUCUCACAGAAGGCACGGGAUGAAUGGCUGGCUGCUGAAAAGCUGAAUGCCAGGGCCGCUGAGGAAAUUCUACGUAUCAGGAAUGGGAACAAUGAUGACUGGAAGUUGGAUUUGCAUGGGCUUCAUGCAUCCGAAGCUGUCCGUGCACUUGAGGAGCAUCUGCAGAGGAUUGAAACCCAGAUGCCAAUGAGACGUUCUGCAUCUUGUGAUGGCCUAGCCAAGCCAGAAGCAGGGAUGGUACAUAUACAUUUUGAGUCUCCUAGUUGCUUGGAUAUGGAGGGUAGGGCUGGGAAACAGCUGGCAUUAUCAAGGCCGAGGCAGACAAUAUUACAAGUUAUAACAGGGACUGGUAACCAUAGCCGAGGACAAGCUGCACUUCCAAUGGCAGUAAGAAGCUUCCUCAUUGAAAACGGAUACCGUUUCGACGAUGCAAGGCCCGGGGUUUUUGCCGUUCGGCCCAAGUUCCGACACAGGUGACUUCGGAAAAUUGGGUUCUCUUAUGCUGGGUGUUGUAUUA